CCCAGGAUAAUUCUGGUUGCUCUUCUUUGCGCUCUUUCUAGAGCAGCAAUAUUCUUUUUGUAACGAGGUGACCAGAACUGAAAUAAAGGCACGACUCGUACAGAUCAAAUGGGGGCUCAAAAGACAGAGAAAGAGCGCCCCCUGCAGUCUGUAGCAGCUUUAAAGCAAGGAGACCGACUCCAUGCGCACGCCGCUGCGGAAUGCAAACGUGUCAUGUGACCGGGUCAGGUGAUAAGAAGGGAUGCAGUGACGUAAUAAACAGGGAAGUACGGUUUUUAAAGACACGUGGUGUUUUUUUUUUUUCAGAGAACAACAUCAACAUCAAAAGCCAGAAGUAGAAAAAGAAAAAUACUUACAUGCACCAGGUGACGUUAAAAAAACUCGACGCUGCACCCUUUGAAAGCCUCUUCCCAGCCAGAGACGCCAACUUCAACUCGACAACUUUCAUCCUUCAUUCUUCAAACCGGACUCUACAGCAGCUGCUAAACAGAAUCCCGUGUGCUGCCAUGGACAGUGUGAAGAUGGAGUCUGUCCAGAUUAAAGAGGAGUUCCCUGAACUUGAACUUGUCCCCAUUAGAGUGGAGUUCUUUGGGCUGGCUUCCCUCCCCAUUAAACAGGAGCUCUGUGAGAUGCAAUGUGACAGCAGCCAGCCAGAGGUCUCUGAGAUUAAAGCAGAGCACAAUGAAUUGGAGAUCCCCCAGACAGAAGAACCCCUUCCUGUGAAACAAGAAGAGGUGCUGGAAACUGUCCUUAUUAAACGGGAGCCUCCUGAAGUAGAGUUUGACCACAUGGAACCAGGGAAGGAAGAAUCCGAGGACUUCAAACCAAACAUCCCUGAGCUGGAGCCUGUACGCCUGCGGGAGUGUAGCGUGGUGCUGGAGAGAAUCUGCGUGAGAGAGCAAGGCACUGGAGAGGAAGGCUCUCCCAACAGCAUGCAAGGAGGUGGAAAGGAAGACGGGCGCUCCCAUUCAGAAUGCAGUCUAGCAGGUUUCAGUCCAGCAGCUAAAGCGAGGGCGGGCGCUGGAGAAUAUCCUGACUGUGGGAAAGGUUUCACCCAGUUAAGAACUUUUAAAACACACCAGAGAACUCGCACAGGAAAGAAACCGUAUCGCUGCUCUGACUGUGGGAAGAGUUUCAGUCAGUCAGGCAACCUUGAAACACACCAGCGAACUCACACAGGAGAGAAACCGUAUCGCUGCUCUGACUGUGGGAAGAGUUUCAGUAGGGUAGACCACCUUGUUUUACACCAGCGAACUCACACAGGAGAGAAACCGCAUCGCUGCUCUCACUGUGGGAAGAGUUUCAGUAGGGUAGGCUACCUUGUUUCACACCAGCGAACUCACACAGGAGAGAAACCGUAUCGCUGCUCUGACUGUGGGAAGCGUUUCAGUCGGUCAGACAGCCUUGUUUCACACCAGCGAAUUCAUACAGGAGAGAAACCUUAUCGCUGCUCUGACUGUGGGAAGAGUUUCACUCAGUUAGGACACCUUUUUUCACACCAGCGAACUCACACAGGAGAGAAACCGCAUCGCUGCUCUGACUGUGGGAAGAGUUUCAGUAGGGUAGACCAGCUUGUUUUACACCAGCGAACUCACACAGGAGAGAAACCGUAUCGCUGCUCUGACUGUGGGAAGAGGUUCAGUCGGUCAGACAACCUUGUUACACACCAGCGAACUCACACAGGAGAGAAACCGUAUCGCUGCUCUGACUGUGGGAAGAGGUUCAUUCAGUCAGGCAACCUUGAAGCACACCAGCGAACUCACACAGGAGCGAAACCGUAUCGCUGCUCUGACUGUGGGAAGUGUUUCAGUCAGUCCUGCAGCCUUGUUUCACACCAGCGAACUCAUACAGGAGAGAAACUGCAUCGGUGCUCUGACUGUGGGAAGAGUUUCAGUAGGGUAGACAACCUUGUUUCACACCAGCGAACUCACACAGGAAAGAAACCGUAUCGCUGCUCUGACUGUGGGAAGAGGUUCAGUCAGUCAGGAGACCUGAAAACCCACCAGCGAACUCGCACAGGACAGAAACUGUAUCGCUGCUCUGACUGUAGAGGGCCCUGCUCCUGGUUCGAGAUGCACCAGUUCAUCGGUGACCUCAUGGCUUCCAGUUCAAACCCUGCGCCGGGAGGGAAGGAGGCGUCCCAGCAGCAGCAGCAGCAGCAGCAGCAGCAGCAGCAGGAGGCUGUGAGGACCAUGUGGGAGAACGCAGCCGGACUGGGCUUCAAACCUGUGCCUGCCUCCGCCGCCACCACCACCACCAGCACCACCCCCCCCACCACUGCCGCCAAACCAGCCUUCAGCGGGGAGGGGGGCCCCCAGCCCGGGCUCCUGGCCUUCAAACCCCACCCCCCGGGCCCCAAGCCAGUCUACACCAUGGUGGGCUUACUGGAGCCACUGGCACAGCUGGGAUCUGCAGAGCAAAGCAGGGCGACCCCCUCCACAGCCAGCAGCAGCAGCAGCAGCAGCAACCCCUUCGGUUCCCGGCACUGCCCGGACUGCAUGAUUGAUUUCCCGGAUCUCAAGUGGAAGGAGCGGCACAUGAAGAGGCUGCACCCGGAGCAGUACGAGGCGGGGCGGGGCCGGCUGCUGGGGGGCGUGGCCGGGGGCGGGGCCUUCCCCACCUCCUCGGAGCUGAACCAACUCCAACAACAACAACAGCAGCAGCAGCAUGGAGGCCAGUCAGCAGCCAAGCCCUGCCACUGCUACUGCUGCCCACACUGCCCAGCCGCCUCCUCCCGGCGCCUCUCCAGGCCAGCUGGGGGCGCUGCCCCCGCCCCUUACCCCUGCCCCGAGUGCGGCCGCCUCUUCAACAGCAGCAGCAACCUGCGCGUCCACCAGACCGUGCACACGGGGGCGCGGCCCCACACCUGCCAAGAGUGCGGCAAGAGCUUCAGCCAGUCCGGCUCCCUGCGGAUCCACCAGCGGAUCCACUCGGGCGAGCGGCCCUACGCCUGCCCCUUCUGCGGACGCGCCUUCCCCCACCUGGCCGGGGUGCGGGCCCACCAGCGCACCCACACCGGGGAGAGGCCCUACGGCUGCCCCCAGUGCGGGAAGAGCUUCUCCCAGUCGGGGGCCCUGCGGGCUCACCAGCGCACCCACACCGGGGAGAAGCCCUACGUGUGCCGGGUCUGCGGGAAGGGAUUCGCCAACCCGGCGGGGAUCCGCUUCCACCAGCAGAGAGCGCACCGCAGCCCGGAGGAGCAGGGCCGCGCCUACCGCUGCGAGGACUGCGGGCUCGGGUUCAAGGACGCCAGGAGCAGGAACCGACACCAGAAGCAGGUUCACUACGGGGCUGGAGAGGGGGAGAGUAGCGGGAGCGGGGAGGGGGCGGAAGGGGAGGGCAGUGCUGGGGUGGGGGAGGGCGGUGGGGGGGGUGGGGGGGGGCUGGGGGGUAGUGGGAUUGUGGAGGGCAGCAGUGUGGAGGUAGAACUCUCCAGCGAUGUUGACCAAACCGCCAUCGCCACCACCACCAGCAGCAAAGAGUGA